AUGGACGAUCCCCGAUGCGAAGAAAUCGCGCGCGUCAGCUACACCAACUUCGGCCUCAGUCUAUUCAUCCUCGUUGGCAUUCUAGUAUCCUACCUUCCCCAACACAUCCGAAUCAUUCGCCUACGCUCGUCAUUCGGGCUGUCGCCAUGGUUUGUCCUACUGGGCACGACGAGCGGCACAUGCGCCUUUGCAAACAUAUUGGUGCUGCCGAAAAGCCGCGCGGACAUUGCGUGCUGUCGCGUCGUUGACGAGUUUGCAUGUCUGGCUGGUCUGUUGGGAGUGGCGCAGGUCGGGGUCCAAUGGAGUUGUUUUACUGUCAUUCUCUUACUCUUCCUCAUCUUCUUCCCACGACCCAAUAAUCCCCAUCCGAAUCGCGAUCUCGAUCAUCUCGAUGCUGCUACCACCAGCGCAAACCUCGUACCAAAUCACGACGUCUACGAAUACAACGACGAGACGGAAUCGCUCAAGGCAGCAGAAGAAGAACUCGCCCCAUCAUACCGCACCGCAUUGGCCGUAACGGGCAUUUCGGUGGUGCACGCAGUGAUCAUUGCAAUUCUUAGUUUCUACUUCGUUUACAUGCGUCCGACGCAUGCGCAAGGAUGGGCGAACUUCUUGGGCAUUUUCUCCACGGUGCUCGCGUCGAUCCAGUAUUUCCCUCAGAUCUACACGACCUUCAUGCUCAAAAGAGUUGGCAGUCUGAGUAUCCCCAUGAUGUGUAUCCAGACACCAGGCAGUUUUGUCUGGGCGGCCAGCCUGGCCGCGCGGCUGGGGAGCGAGGGUUGGAGCGCGUGGGGGGUCUAUGUUGUCACGGGCUGUCUGCAGGGCACGUUGCUGGUCAUGGGGAUUUAUUUCGAGAUUAUGCAUCGGAGGAGAGAGAGGAAUGAAUUGCAGGCUAGAAUGGCCCAGGCCAACAGUAGUACGGAGAGUCAGGCGGAAUUAUUGGAGGAUGAUCUUGCGGAUGAAACUGGUGGUCAACCUCCUCCAUACCCUCCUCCGUCGGAGGAGACUCCGCUGUUGGCAGUAGAGGACUGA